UCUUCCCCCUUCAAGGCUGCUCUCUGGUCGCUGAAGCCUCUUGAUCGAUUUCGAAACCUGCACAAACCUGCUUUUUUAUAUUUAGUCUUAACAAAUCAAAUGUAGCAUACUGGUUUUAACGGUGAAGUAUGUCGUGCAAAGCCACACAUUGUCAUUAUGCAGAUAGAUAGCUAGCUAGCUAUACAUUGUCUGUAAUCUGGACAAUUAAUUUGUUUACAAUGGACAGGGAGUGCUAUCACAACUGCUGUAGCCUUGUUAAAAUACCAAGGCAAUCAUAUGAGCAAUUUUGGUCAUCGCACUUCGUUGACUAUAUCGAAAAGGAGAUAAGCUAUUCAAAAUUCUUUAAAAAGUACCUGCUUCCCAACCACCCCUGUAUGUUUUCGAGAAGAUUUACCGAGGACUGGAAGUGUCGAAAGCAGUGGGUUACUGAAGAAGGAAAGCCCAAUUUCCAGAAAUUGUUGCAAGAAUUUGAUGAGACUCCAGUCCCUGUUGCAAACUGCAAUGCAAAAGAAUACAAUGCAAACCCUAAACAAAUUAUGCCUUUCAAAGAAUUUAUACACUACUGGAAAGAAUACAUCCAGAAUGGACACUCAUCACCCAAAGGGUGUCUGUAUCUCAAAGACUGGCACAUGUCACGGGAUUUUCCUGAACACAGUGCCUACACUACUCCAGUGUUCUUUUCCUCUGACUGGCUCAAUGAAUAUUGGGAUACAAUGGAGGUUGACGACUAUCGUUUUGUCUACAUGGGACCUAAAGGCUCAUGGACUCCGUUCCAUGCUGAUGUGUUCCGCUCCUAUAGCUGGUCAGCCAACAUCUGCGGCAGAAAGAAAUGGCUGCUGUAUCCCCCAGGCCAGGAGGACUUCCUGAGAGACAGCCACGGCAACUUAGCUUACGAUGUCACUGCACCCGAGCUUCAGGACAAAGGGCUGUUUCCGCACUACAACGAGGCCUGUCAACCCCUGGAGAUCAUUCAGGAAGCAGGAGAAAUCAUAUUUGUGCCCAGUGGUUGGCACCAUCAAGUUUACAAUUUGGAGGAUACUAUCUCUAUGAAUCAUAAUUGGCUGAAUGGAUGCAAUGUGGACAUAAUGUGGCAGUUCCUUCAGAAUGAGCUGUCUGCUGUCCAGAGGGAGAUAGAGGAAUGGAGGAACACCAUGGACUCAUGGCAUCAGCACUGCCAGGUCAUCAUGAAGUCUUGCUCUGGUAUUGACUAUGGAGAGUUUGCCUCCUUCCUGAAGGUCAUUGCAGACAACCGUUUAUCCUUCUUGACCUCCUGCUCCGGACAUUCCUCCAACAAUUACCCUCGCCACCUUUCAGAGACCCUCACCACCUUGGGCCCUCACCAUGCUGCCUUUGACCUGCAGAGGGUGGCUCAUAUUCUGGAGUGCAUGCUCUGUAAUGAGGAUUUCAAGAGACUUGACUACUCAACUCUGAGCUCCCAACCAGAGAGCCUACUGCAGCAAAUUAGAGAGACUAUUCACUCCACAAGAGGGCAGCAUCUCCCUUACCAGGAGUAGGUUACUGUCAAUGAAUCCCUUUACAGCAAUUUGGACCAUUUUCAGUUAGGUCUAAGAUAUAUAUAAGAAAGUUCAGGUCUUGAAUAAAACGUUUCAGAAAUUGAUGAAUUUUUGUAUGUUGUGAAAAAAUGUAUGUACUACCCAUGUCAAUAUGUAUGACAUUAGUAUUAAGUCUGGUAGAUAUUUUUGUAAAUAGAUUACCGUAAAUGUAUAGCAUUUGUAUUUGAACUCAAUCCGGUCUACUCCACUGAUCUCACUUUGACUUUCUACUUUACCACAUAUUUAUUACAGCAAAGUCAUUUCAAUAAAAAUAACGCAACAAUAGUGUGACCAGAUGCUGUUGUGAAACAGCAAGGUGAUGCAUUCAGAUAACCUGUGUGUAUAAUAUAUAUAUUAUAACUGCAAACAAAGCAAAAGUAACAAUUCACACAUGUAGCACAAUACUCUGUAGUUUGAGUUCAAUUUAAAUAAAGACAGUACAAUG